AGUACCAGCUGAUGAGAGGAUCAGCUGAUUGAGGUUCGUCUGGGGGCGGUUCCAGACUCCUGAGCCAAAACCAAAAUGAUUUCCGCGGAAAGUAGGCCGAGGUCCAAUACUGCAAGGGAAGGACAAGUUGACAUUCGUGAAGAUGAAGAACAAGGACUGAAGCUUUCAGAAAUUGUUGAGCUUUUAGUUGCCGCUGGUUACUUUAGGGCUCGAAUUAAGGGUCUAUCUCCCUUUGAUAAAGUAGUAGGUGGUCUAACAUGGUGCAUUGAGACUUGCAACUUUGAUGUGGAUGUGGAUCUUCUAUUCAGUGAGAAUCUUACUAUUGGUCAGAAAAUAGCUUUGACUGAAAGAAUUGUUAGAGUUGUGCAGUCCAUGAAAUGUCCACAUCAGCUAGAACCUCACCAGAUACAAGGUCUUGAUGCCAUACAUAUCUUUCCGGUCAUACAGUGGCUUGUAAAAAAAGCUUUGGAAACUAGAGAGGAAUUUGUUGACGAAACAAGGAACUUUACAAACUUCCUGUUUCACUCUUACUAUUCCACACCACAACAAGAAAAAAUCAAGGAAUCAUGGCCAACUGUAUCCAAGACCAUAUCUGAAGUACAGGGAUCUUAUGGACCCAAGAGAAGAUGGAGAAGAAAAAACUCUACACCACAGGAGUCAGAGAGCCAGCGUAUCCAGACAACACUGUUAGAAUAUGGACAACUGAGUUACAUGGGUAUAAAGAAAACACCUAACCAUGAUGAACCAGAUGCUAAUACAGAGAUGGCAGAAGUUGAGCAACUGAUGCAGUCAAUGGAUGUUGCUGAUGUUACUGAGGGUAAACUAAGUGCCCAGUAUGUGGGAAGCAUCGUCAGCACUCGUGUGAAUGAGAUUGCAGCCACCUCAAAGCACUACUCUGAACUCCAGCAACAGAUUUCUGAGGAGAUCCUAGGGGACAGUGCCUCUUCCCAUGCCCGCUUGGUUGCAACUUUAGAGAAACAGCGCACGGCUUUAUCCAAACAACUAGCAGAACAACAAAAGAAGGAAAAGGCUGAACACCAGAAAGUAGAGGAAUUGAAGGCCAAAUUGCAGGAUGUGAAACGGACUAGAACAGGAUUAGAACAAGAAAUACAAGAGCUAGGCAUAGUUGACACCAGGGAAAACAAUAAGCUAUUGGAACACCUCUCAAAACUAGUAGCAGAGAAUGAGGCAGUAAGGAAGAAAGAGGCUGAGUAUAAGGAUGGAUGUCGGAAAGAGUCAGAGAAGUUGAAGAAGGAAAUCAGUGAUUUACAAACAAGAUUAAAGGAAAUUGAUGUUGGAGAUGAAAUUACUGAAAGAUACACAGCAGAAAAGGAAAAGUAUUCCAAGAUGAGACGACAGCUGGCUAAAAAGACAAGGCAGGUGGAGGCAAUGAAACGCGUUAUAGAUGAUGUUCCUGGCCGGGCAGAGCUGUCACAGUAUCAGAGGCGCUUUAUUGAACUCUACAAUCAGGUUGCUGCCACACACAGAGAGACUCAACAGUUCUACAAUAUGUACAACACCCUGGCAGACACAAAAACUUACAUGGACAAGGAGCUCUCUCUUCUCAACUCAAUAUUAGAUAACAUGGCAAUUGCACUCAGUAAUUCAGCCAAUAUGGAUGAGUACCUUCAGCAACUAGAUACAAUAGUGGAGGGUAUACAUCAGAACAGAUUAAAGCUCCAGAAAAGGCAAGCAGAGGAAAGGUCACAUCGCAACACGCUGAGCGAUGAAUUAGCACGUCUCCAGGAGCUCAACCGUCAUUAUGCAAAAACAGUACAUCAGCUUGGACAAGAAAUAAAGAAAAAUGAAAUUCUACAUCAAAAAGUUACCCAAAAGAAAGAGUAGAGGACAUGUAGAUCAUUCUGUCCCCAUUCCAUCUUAUUGAAAAUAUAUAACCAUGUUUGCAGUGCUCUACAUGCACAAGAUUUUCACUAUGAAGAAAUUUAUUUGACUCAUUAAUAUAUUCUAUACUGGAUAUGGGACAAUGUUUUGGACUAAGCAUACGUAGUUUGUAUGCUUAGUGUAUUUUCAUAUGUAAUAUCAUGACAUGAUUUAUUUGAAACAAAGCAUAUUUUGAGAGUGAUAUAUCAUUAAGGAGUUGAAUUUUUAUAUUAUUUUAAAAUUUUGUGAUUUUGCAUUCCACAAAUGUAUAUGGUGCCUUUGGUUUUGUGUCUGUUAUAGGGUUUUAGAAUGAACAUUUUAAUUUUUACUGUAAUAAAUAAAAAUUAAAAAAUCUCUUUAUCAUAGACCUGCAAGACAAAAAUUAAGUGAUGUUAGAAAAUAUGCAUAGUAAUUUCACAGAAGAAUCUCUAAAACCCAAGACUUAUGUAUAUAUGUUUGUUGUGAUUGUGAUCUUAUAUAGUAAUUUCAUAGCUGUUUUUACAACAGCUCUAUAGACACUCUUCAGAUGCAUAUGACUGUAUAUGAAAACAACAAUAAUUUGUUACAGAUACAUAUUUAAGCUUAUGAGUGUGUAUGUAUAUCUUGUAUUAUAUGAAAGAGUAUUUAUGUAUAAAAUGCUAGAAUAUCUCUGAAAGAAAAUAUUUUUCAAAAUGAUAUAGUAUGUUUUACUUCUUGCGUAAACAGGUACUUUUAGAAGGCCCAUUCUGUUUUGGAUUGUAAUUCUGUGAGUAUUAUCUAAACAUGAGUAGUCAUGCUAGUAUAAUUCACAUACACUAUAGUUCUUCUCAAUUUCCAAUAAAUAUGAGGUAUUGUAAGCAUACAAUAGCACUAUUCUAAUCCUGAUGACCUUAGUAUGUGCAGCUCUUACAGAAUUCUUUAGAAAACAUAAAGAAUUUUAAUCCUUCA